AUGAUUCCUUAUAAAAAUGUUAAUUAUAUGCAAUCAUAUCUUCAUUAUCAAAACGAAAUAGCCAAUAAUCCAGAAUCUGAAGCUAACCGUCUUUUUAAAAGAUCAAUUUGGCUACAAAUGUAUCAAUUAAUACGUUAUUUCUUUUUAUUUUUAUUGCCAUUAAAUCAAGUUCAAAGAACUUUAGUAUACGAUAUAUUCUUUCUUCUUGGCUUACAUAGUUCAAUCAAUUCGAUUGGAAUGUUUUUAACAGCAUUGGGAAUGUUUCUUAGCUAUAAACUUUAUAUUGAAAUACCUGAAAAUAUUAUACGUUUAAUGAAUAUGAUAUUGUUCAAUUCAAAUGAUUGUUUAAUAUUUGAUUUGGCUCAAUAUUUAGUAGCACAUUGUUAUAUGAUGGUUAUGUUUAUAUUUUUAUUUACAACAUGGACAUUAUGGAUAAAAUUGGAUCAAAUCAAUUCAAUUUUGGAUAUAAAUAAUAUUGCCGGUGAAAAACAUACACGUUAUUAUUAUAGCCGUAUUGUUAAUCGUUUUCUUUGGCUACAUGGACAUACAUUAGAUCUAUUUAAUCGUCUUUGUCAACAUCAAUCGGAUUUAUUUUCAGCAUAUAUGAUUGCAAAUUUUCCAAUGAACAUGUUUAUUAUUGUAACAACAUUUAUUAUAAAUGAUGAUAAAAAUAAUAAAUAUAAUCAAUGGAAAUUUUUUGCUACUUGUUUUAUUUUUACACAAUUUAUUGGUUUUUUUGUUCUUCAUUUACUAUGUUCAAUGUAUACAAUUAAAAUACAUAAAUGUUCAACAAAAUUAAUUUAUUGUAGGAUACAUUUUCCAUUACAGCCAUUAUCAUUACGUAUACGUACUAGUUUAUAUAUUGAAAAAAUUCAUACAGAAAAUCGUUAUGGUUUUAUAUUGGCUCGUGCUACAUUGAUUAGUAUGUUUUUCUUCAUACAGUUUUUAAUGUUUUAUAUACAAUGUUUAAUACUUAUGUAUGAUCUAUUCAAUUAUUAA